UCACAUGCUUCUUCAUUGUCUGCUUCUCCGCAUUUUAGAUCUGGGGAUGCAAUCAUGAUUGCUAUAUUGCCUGCAUGGACACUGCAGACUAUGCCUUCCUACUAUAGCCAUGCCACUUGCUUCUCAUAUAUCUAGUAAGAAAACAAAUAUUUCCAUGUAUUCAACAUCCUGCUCCCACCUUCUAUAGCCCACUCUAUAGCUGCCCUACCCCCCUCAUCUUCAUGUCCUCUAUGUCCGCCUUCGUGACUCUUCCCCUCCUCACUCUCUUCUCCCUCCCUCUCGCCCUGUUCGCAUGCUUCACCACCUUCCUUUCCAUCCUAUUUCUUCUCCUCCGCUUCUCUGUCAUCUAUAUUGAACUAUGUCUUGCCAUAAUCACAAACUACUUUGUCAUCCCAACAGCCGCCAACACCUCCCUCCUCAACUUCUCCGCAUCUGAGCCCACUACCCCAGCAGCCUCCACAACGCCCAAGCGUCGCUCCGUCGACCACAGCUUAAACAACGGACUCCUCACUGCCCUCGCAACAUACCAACCAGGCUCCAAUGCUUCUCGCCGAACAACCAGUUUGACCACUACAGCCUCCACGUCCUCAACCCAAGACACCAGCACUGUUCCACUCUACCGCAAAGAUGAACCCCCAAGAAACACACCCCCACGCCACUCCGCCCCCUCUGCCCUCCUGACCCUCAUCAGUGGUGACGAAGGCCGCGACUUCGAAGGUCUAGGUGGCUGGCGCUGUGCAACCACAGCAGCAGCAACAACAGCAACAACUACCACCACCGCCACAACGAUAAGAUAUCCAAGCCAUCAUCUCCUCUCAGACACCGCCUCUCCCUCACCAAAUCUCACCAGUACCGACCACGACGAAAGAGCAUGGCUGUCCAUCAACGAGCGACUAGAGCUUCCCUCUCAGCCACUACUCUCCAUCCGGAACAACAGCAACAGCAGCAGCGCCAACAGUGAACCCUUCGAAGCUCUCCCCUGGAGACAUCGACAAAUGGCUUCAACCAGCCCUCCCCCCGGAGGCAUUAAUAAUAUCACCCGCCAUCACCAUCGCUCCGCAACCACUUCGUUACUAUCCACUAGCCUGUCCCCGAGAUCCUCACUGCCAGAUGCUCUAGAUCAUCCACAACGUAGGGCUACCUCGCCACCACUAUCACAACAGCAGAACAACAGAAGUACGCUCUUUUGCACGCCCUCGCCUACUGAGAAGUUCCCAAGCGCAUCGAUCCCUCGGGUAUCGAGCCCUACUGAUGGAUCAGGGGGAUAUUUCUCCUUGCGACCCGGUAGCACAAGCAGCACGAGCGGGUCAACGACACCAGGUGAAGAGCGACGAUCGCCGAGACCAUCGGCCAAGUCUAUGGUCCAUUACCCGGCUGGCGUGAGAUAUCGAAGGAGAAGUAUGUCGGGGCCGAAUAGUGGGGUGAAGUUGACCCGGGCGUCGUCAGGGACGGAGCGGGCGUUGUAGCUGAUCGUUUUGAUUGCGAUUAUGGUCAUGUACACGCUCGUUUGGUGGCGUUGUUUUGUGGGAUGUCUGGAUGAUGUGCUAUCUAAGUAGUAUUUUCCGACUGGAUAUGACGGGGUUAGGUUUACAAUUUCCUAACGAUUUACGAAUCAUGACACACGAACCUUCUUCUAAUUUCUAUACUUCGAUGCUAUCUUUUCAGAUUCCGACUUCUACCAUUAAGGUAUUUACAUUCCACGUAGUCCAUGAUCGACAGAUACCCUUUGAGACAUCGCCCGAUCUAUGACUAAACGAGCCCAUCAUGCAUUUACUGAUUCCAGAAGAAAAUAAAAGAAAAAUCCCGCUAUUUAGUGACCCAGCACA